AUGGCGGCUCACAAAUCCGGCAUCAAGGUUAUCAUCGUUGGAGCUGGCUUUGGCGGCUUAACUGCCGCUAUUGAAUGCCACCGGCAAGGGCACGACGUUGAGAUUUAUGAGUCCUUUCCUGAACUCAAAGUUCUCGGAGAUAUUAUAUCAUUUGGUGGCAAUGCCGGCAGGAUCUUUAAUCGCUGGUCUGACGGGGAGAUUGUCGCUCGUCUGCGCCCCUUGUGCAUUGACAUUCAAGACUACGGCUUCAGAAUUCAUAAAUGGGACACAGGGGAGGUUGUGUACCAUCAAAAGCGUCCCCCUCCAAACCCUGAAACUCCAGUGUUGAACGGCCACAGAGGCGAGUUGCAUGAGAUUAUCUUCAAUUAUGCGCACGAUGAGCUGGGGAUUCCGAUUCAUCUCGGCCAGCGAGUAUCUGAGUAUUUCGAGGACGCUACACAGGCUGGCAUUAUUCUGAAGACGGGAGAGAAGGCGGAUCACUGGCGACGUGGAUAUGUUGACAAGCCCAAGAGCAGCGGAUACGCUGUUUGGAGGGCAUGGUUCUCAAACAAAGAUAUGAUCCAAGACCCUCGCACAAAAGAGUUCUGCGAGAAUGGCGAUACCUUCAACGGCUGGAUCGGACAAGAUGUGCACUUCCUGUUCUCAACGCUGAAAGGCGGCAAGGACUGUUGUUGGGUACUUACUCACAAAGACGACCAUGAUAUCGAUGAGUCGUGGUCGUUCCCUGGUAAGAUAGAAGAAGUGUUAGAGCUCCUGAAGGAUUGGGAUGCAACAUGUCGAGCGAUCGUGGAGAAGACACCGGCAGUGGUUGAUUGGAAGCUGGUCUAUCGCGACCCUUUGCCGACUUGGAUCAGUAACAAAGGACGAAUCGCACUUCUUGGCGAUGCUGCUCAUCCUUUCCUACCGACGAGUGCCCAAGGUGCAACUCAGGCCAUGGAAGAUGGAGUUACCAUUGCUGUCUGCUUGAAGCGAGCGGGCAAAGACAACAUUCCUGGUGCGCUCAAGGCUCAUCAAGAUUUAAGAUAUGAGCGCGUGAAGGCGGUUCAGAAGACGGGAGAGUCAACCAGAGAUCUGUGGCACAAAACGGAUUGGGAUAAAGUCAAAAAAGAUCCUAGCAGUAUCGGAUUCCCACGCGAGGAUUGGAUUCACCAAUUUGAUGCCGAACAGUACGCAGAGGAGAAUUUUGAGAGUGCUCUCAAAACUCCAGGGCAUGAGGUCAAGGAUAACACGCUGGUCGAUGAGGCCCCUGCAACAGCCCAAGUAGCAGGCUAG